CCCGGAGUAUUUCCGGUCUGUUUAUUAGAUUACACAACAAAGUGACAACAUAACAUGGCGAGUGGAAAAGCACAUGGAGCCGGUAACGUGUUGGAGAAUUUCAAGGAUAAUCUUGACCUUGUCAUCAAACAGAUCAAAGAUGGUGAAACUGAACGAGAAUCUGAUGAUACUUUUGAAGCAAAGCAGUAUUGGAUGAAAAUUGGGUCAGUGUUCAAGUCCUUGUCCCAUGAAGCCACAAAACUGUCUUUAGCAUUUUCAUCCCCACCUCUGCCAGAUGAAAAGACAUGUAAAUCUCUGGUGGACACAUGUGAGAAAGCUACACUGGGCCUUGUCUCCUUGUUCUACAGCCUUCCCAAAUAUCAGGGUCUGUAUCUGAGAAAGUCUCUAAAAUCAGCUGUGCUGGGUGUGUUACAGGACCUCCAGACUUUGGUACAUGUUUUACAUGACAGUGGUGCUGGUUCCACUGAACAGCUGCAAUCUACUGGGAUAGUAUGGCAGGACACAGACAGAUUCUCCAGUCUUCCUAAAGACAACAAAGAAGCUGUGUUGGGGUUAAUGAAAGUAACAUCAGAGUUGGUGAGGGAUGCCCUGGGUGAAAUGCAGGAUGCUGUGGAGAAUGGUCCAGCUAAUGACCUGGCUGAGGUUUUUGGGUUGGAAAUGGAUGAACCCUCUAAUGAGGACACAUGGUCAGAAACUGACAAGACAUUACUAGGUCCGUGUCUUGGUCUACUAAAGACAUCUCGAUCGCUUCUAAAGAAGUCUCGGGAAAGUGUCAGCAAGAGGGCGUCCUGUCACUGUACGGAUCAAAUAUCACAGUUAGACGACUUAGCUGAUUACAUUGGGCGUCUUAGUCCAGUAGUAGAUGAGUUUGCUUCCAGUCUUUAUCCGCCAAUGAAGUACUCGUCCGUACAGGAAAAUGCUAAAGAUUUGUACAACCUACAAAGGACAAUCCUAAGUUUUUACCAGAAAUGUCACAUGUGUAAUGAAGAUGACCAGAAAUGGGUGGAGUUCCUUUUGAAAGCCAAUCAACAUAACUGGGAGAACAUUAAACAGUGUACAGACACCGGCCAUGAAAAAGUCACCUGAGUAGAGCAGUCCCCAACCUUAUUACCCGAGCUGAUUACAGUUUACUAUAACAUAGGAUUUUUAUCCUAAUGGAUGGGAGAAUGACAGCAAUGGUAUCAUCUCCACAGCAUAAUUUACUCUGUGUCUUGUGAUGGUUAACUUAUAGGUAACAGCUGCUGAAUGAAAUAUCAGUCUGUGACAACCAUUGGACAUGACAUAAACGGUACGAUAUAUCUUUUAUAUAUAUCUUAUAUAUGUUUUAUCUACAAGGGCUAGACUUCCCAAAUUUGACUUUUACAAAUUAAUAAAUGCAUUUGACUAGAUGAGAGAUAAAGACUGUUACACAUGAUCAUUGGUAAUAAAUAAUUUAUGGUUGGUAGAUAAUAUUUGUUGGGUUUUUAAUUUUAAUUUUUAUUUGCAGUCAUUUAAGAAACCCCAAAAUUAAGAAAUAAAAUGUAAAACAAGUUUACAGUAAAUCAGAUUCUCAGAAAGUUUUCCUGUAUACAUGGAUACCAGCCGAUAGACAAAUGUGAAAUUUAGUCUCCAUAAUCUAGCCUGAUCAGGGACAACCCAAAUUAUUUAACCUUCAUAAACAAACUACAUUGUUGUAUACAGUAACAAUAGUUACUAAGUGUUGUUAAUGCUGGAGGUGAUAAUUGAUUAUUUAAGGUACUACAGAUGUGUUUAAGAAUUAUUCGUUUAGUAUAGAGAGAUGUAUAAGAUGGUGUCAUUUUUUAUGAAGACUGAUUCCCUACUUUGGACCUCUACAUAUUUAGAUCCCUUAUAUCAUUUUGCAUAUCUAGAUUUUACUAAACAAAACAUGUAUCAUCUUUAAGGGAACAUCAGAGACAAGGUUGUACCAGGGAAUUGUCCUGAUGAAGCUUUAGAAUUUGGUUAAUAAACUAAUUUCUUUAUCAA